CUUCGAGAAAACUCUUUCGCUUAUAUCUAUCUGCUGACGGUUCCCCUGACCUGCUGGACCGUGUAAGUAGGACAUGGGAUACUACACUUUGUCAUGUCAUUUCUAUCUCCCGAGUUCGCUCAUGUCCCCACCGAGCCUCCAACCCAGUCGGGGUUGCCCCCGACAAACACCGGAGAUGCAGCCAAGUCAUCCCAGGAACCGCUAGGUCUGCGCAGCUGCGUCACUUGCCGGCGUCGUAAGGUCCGUUGCAAUAAGCGAUGUCCGUGCUCGAAUUGCACCAGGGCAGGGAUUGAGUGCGUCUUCCCGCCUCCUGGGAGAGCCCCCCGCAAGUCGAAGCGCCCCGUCGACGCAGAGCUACUGUCCCGAUUGAGGCGCCUGGAAGGGGUCAUUGAACACUUGAACGACAAGAAUAUUGCCUCGCAGGAGCGGUCGAAACCUCCCUCACCGCAGCAAUCACAUGAUGCUAGCGUAUCUUCAAGCGAAUGCCCCGGGAAUACAGAGUCGCCGGGAGACCCUGAAGUUUGUCCGUUCCUCGAUCCAAACAAGCCGGCGCAACCACGGAACCUGGACCAUGAAUUUGGAAGGCUGGUGAUCGAUGAAGGCCGAAGUCGCUAUGUGAGCAAUCGGUUUUGGACUAGUCUUGGUGACGAGAUCGAAGAAUUACAGGAUAUUUUAGACCCCCCGUCAUCGGAUGAAGAAGAUACAUCAUCCCCUGAGUCUGCCUCGGGACCGUUUGCCAAUCAUGACGGCUUUUUGUUUGGUUACUACUCACUUGCACAUUCUCUUCGCAGCUUCUUUCCUCCGCUACCAAGCUUUCCGGCGUUGUGGGACAUUUACACGGAGAAUGUUGCGCCCCUCAUACAAGUUGUGCACAAGCCCACCGCCAGGAAAAUCUUCAUGAGCGCCUCCCAGCAACCCGAGAGUUUAGACAGGAAUCACGAGGCCUUAUUCCUGGCGCUAGUUUUGGUGAGCAUCGUCAGUAUGUCACCGGAGCAAUGCAUGUCGAUCCUGGGCAAAGAGCGCGAUCUUCUUGUCAGCCGCUAUCGGUUCGCCGUGGAACAGGCCCUGUCCCGAGCGGACUUCUUGAACACCCAGAGCUUGGUCUUGUUGCAAGCAGCGGUGAUAUUCUUGAUCGGCGUGCGUCGAGAGGACGACACGCGGUUUGUUUGGUCGAUGACAGCACUGGUUCUCCGCGUUGCUCAGGGCCUGGGCAUCCACCGCGACGGGUCAAACUUUGGGUUGAAACCCUUUGAAACGGAAAUGCGGCGGCGGCUGUGGUGGCACAUUUGCAUGCUAGAUAUUCGAUCAUCCGAAGAUCAUGGAACCAAUGCCCAAAUUCACGACAGAAUGUACGACACUCGGCUCCCUUUGAAUAUCAAUGACGAUGACAUUACUCCUGAGAUGGAGGAGCCACCCAAAGAGCGCGAGGGCUUUACGGACAUGACUUUUUGUCUCAUCCGCGGCGAUAUCACCGUCGCCCUGCGGCGGGUGAGCAACACAGGCCCGAACACCACCUUUUCGUCCACCAACAUGCAGUUGUCCCCGAGCAUGUGCAGCAAGCUCAUCCACGCGACAAACCAGCGCAUCGAGGCCAAAUAUCUUAGGCACUGUGAUACUAGCGUCCCGAUCCAGUGGGUCUGUGCGACGGUCGCCCGGCUGAUUUUGACCAAGCUGUGGCUGGUCAUCCAUCACCCCAUGACACGGCCAGAUCAGGGAGUCAGCCUGAACACCGCGUCUCGGGAAAGUUUAUUCAAGACGUCGGUGGAGGUGGCCGAGUUUGCUUGCUUGCUGACCACCGACAAGAACACCCAGAAAUGGGGCUGGAUGUUCACGACGAAUAUGCAAUGGCACGCGAUAGCUUUCAUCCUGUCGGAGCUCUGUGUACGGCCUGAGGGGCCUCUGACCGACCGCGCGUGGUACGCAGUCGGGACGCUAUAUGAAGACUGGGUGCGCACGGCAAAAUCGAGGAAAGGCAUGCUCUGGCGGCCCCUCUCGCGGCUGAUGAAGCGAGCAUCCGCGGCGCGAGCCAAACAACAGGCCCAAAUGCAGAGUCAGUUUGAUCCGAAUCUUAUUGUGUCGAACGCUAGUCUUCUCCCUGUCGGCGCCGCACUACCCACAAUAGCGCCUUUAAUCCUGCCGCGAGUCCCGGAAACCCAAUAUCGAUUGUCGAAUUUGCCAGGAGAAUCGCAAGGGAGCUCGUCUACCGGUAGUUUAGACGUCCCAGAUCUCCGAGACGGGGUAUCAGAUGCGAUGGAUCAAGUGUUCCCAGAUGUUGAUCCCCUAGCCCCUCUUAAUCCCCAAGAACCUUCUCUCGCCCAACUACCGGAGACUGAUGCGGAGGGACUGCCUCCUGUACCAGAUAUCUCUCUGGACCCGAUGGAAUUCACACAGAACGGCCCGCCUGCCCAACUGAACUGGGAUGAGUGGGACGAAGUGAUGCGCGAAUUCCAGAUGGACAUGCAAGAGGCACAGACCGAAAAUCCCAUCGGCAACCUGACGAGCAAUGUCUCGGACUGGUAUGCUUUGUAACAAGGCCAGGCUACCAACUGAUAUCUCUUAUGAGUUUCUAGGCCUGUGUCUUUCAUGACUUGACUGGGGUGUCCUCUACAAAAGUCCUUUGUUAAUCAUGACUCCCACAUGUGUCACGACCACUUCUCCUCUCCGGCCUCUAAUUUUGGGCUACUACACAGAAAGUCUCCUCUCCGCUAGGAUCGACCAGUUAACCUAUUAUGAGAUACGAUGUACGAUAUGGUGAUGUUGUAAUGGCUGGCGACAGAUCGGCUAGCUGGUUGAUACCCCGUCUGAUCCACGUGAUCACUGUAUUAUAGCUUAUAUAUACCCUGAAAAUAGCAAAACAGUAAAUUCUUCAACUAA